AUGACCGGAGGACCGAUCGAGGUUUCCGCCGGCCUCAAGCGUGCCAUCAGCGUGGAUGUCACCAACAAGGACGACAUGCUCGAGAUCAUGCCCCUCGGCGCGGGCUCCGAGGUCGGCCGCUCCUGCGUCCUCGCAUCCUACAAGAACAAGACCGUGAUGUUCGACUGCGGCGUGCACCCCGGGUACGCCGGCAUCGCCUCGCUCCCUUACUUCGAUGAGGUGGACCUGAGCACCGUGGACGCCAUGCUCAUCACCCACUUCCACCUCGACCACUGCGCCGCGGUGCCGUUCGUCGUCGGGCGGACCAACUUUAAGGGCCGGAUCUUGAUGACCCACCCGACGAAGGCUAUCUUCGCGAUGCUCAUGAACGACUUCGUCAAGCUGAACAAGCAGGGCGAUAACUCCGAGGCGCUCUUCGGCGAGAAGGACGUGCAGGAGUGCAUGCGGCGCAUCGAGGUCAUCGACUUUCACCAGGAGAUGGACAUCGACGGCGUGAAGGUCACGCCCUACCGAGCCGGGCACGUCCUCGGCGCUUGCAUGUUCUACGUCGACAUCGGCGGCCUUCGCGUGCUCUACACCGGGGACUACUCCCGAACCCCCGACAGGCACCUACCCGGCGCGGACCUCCCGCCGAUUCCGCCGCACGUCGUCAUCGUCGAGGCCACCUACGGCGUGUCGCCGCACUCGCCGCGGGAGGAGCGAGAGCGCCGGUUCACGGACAUGGUCCACCGGGUGCUGACACGCGGGGGUAAGGUGCUCCUGCCGGUCGUCGCCCUGGGCCGCGCGCAGGAGGUGCUGUUGAUCCUGGAGGACUACUGGGUCAAGCAUCCGGAGCUGAAAGGGGUGCCCAUAUACCAGGCGUCGGCGCUCGCGAAGAGGGCGAUGACGGUGUAUCAGACGUACAUCAACGUGCUCAACUCGGACAUGAAAGCCGCGUUCGAGGAAUCCAACCCGUUUGUGUUCAACCACGUCAACCACCUGGCGAACUCGUCAGGGCUGGACGACGUCGGGCCGUGCGUGGUACUCGCCACGCCGUCGAUGCUGCAGUCCGGUCUGUCCCGCGACCUGUUCGAGUCGUGGUGCGGCGACUCCAAGAACGGGGUCAUCAUCUGCGACUUUGCGGUUCAGGGGACGCUGGCCAGGGAGAUUCUCAGCGACUGCAAGACGGUGACGAGCAGGACGGGGCAGGAGCUCCCGCUGCGCAUGACCGUGGACGCCAUAUCGUUCAGUGCGCACGCGGAUUAUCCCCAGACGCAGCAGUUUUUGGAUGCCCUCGCGCCGCCUCACGUCGUCCUGGUGCACGGUGAAGCCGGCGAGAUGGGCAAACUCAAGCGCGCUCUGGAGGGCAAGGCUGCGGCGGACGGUAAGAAGAUGAUGGUCUACAACCCGAAGAACUGCCAGGCCGUCGAAAUCAUGCACUCGCAGUCCAAGACCGCGCGCGUCAUGGGUAGGCUGGCGCUCAACCCGCCGAAGGAGGGCGAUCGCGUCAGCGGUUUGCUCGUGCAGAAGGACUUUGGCCACAUGAUCAUCGCGCCCGAGGAUCUUCACGAGUACACCAGUCUCAAGACGGCGAAGCUCACGCAGAGGCAGAAGGUGCCCACGACGCAGAAGCUCGGGGAGCUGCGGUUCGCGCUCGAGGCGCUCUUCGAGGGGAUUCACACCGGUAGCCCGGAGCCCCCGGGCCUCAGCGUCAACGGCGGGCAGCUCACGAUCCUCAAGCGCCCCGCGGAUAAGAAAUGGGGCGCGGAACACGCGCUUCUGCAGUGGGACGCGGAUCCUAUCAAUGACAUGAUCGCCGACGCGGUGCUCUCGGUCAUCUUACAGCUCGAGGAGGAGCCGGAGCAUCUCACCCGGGCGGAGGCUGCGCACAAGGAUGCCAUGAAAAACAAGGACAAGGCGGGCGUUCAGGCGGCCCGACUCCGCAUCGUCGCCGCGAUGCUCGGCGUGCAGUUCGGCGAACCCAGGGCGAUCGACGAGGAGAACCAGGUCGUCGAGCUUCGGGUGGAGAACGCGGACGUGGCGGUGCGGUACGGGAACAGGGACGUGGAUUGCGCCGACGCGGCGGUGAAGGCUCGCGUGGAGACGGCGCUGGGGAGAAUCGACAUGGCCAUCGCGGACUCGUCGUUCAGCCGCGCGUUGCCGUCCGUCUCCGGGGUCUCGGGCGCGGACCCGCUCAAGGGUACGUGA